UUCUGUCCGUCCGAGCAAAUGGAUCAUUAAACAAGGCAGGAUGUGACAGGAGCGCAAAUGAAAAACUAAACUACAUUAUUUUGCGGUGUGCUCCAGUUACGCUGGUUUACUUUCAUAUUAAUGUUCAUUUUUCCACUUGGGUCCUUUUUUUUCUUCUUCUUCUUUCCUCAGUUUGCUCAUUAAUGUGCGGAUUUUCGGUGAACACUUACUAAGUAUUAUCAGGGAAAAUAAAUGUUGUAAAUGUAUUGGAAUUAAUGAAAAGUUUUAAGAUAUAUUAUGGAUGGGGUCUAAUCUUAUGUCAAGCUGGUUGUGAAGGUGAUAGAUCUGGUCCCCUCGACCCCAAACGGAGUCCCCAUGGCUGCUGGGGUGGCGGCCUGGCUCCCCUUUGCUCGGGCGGCGGCCAUAGGAUGGAUGCCUGUGGCCAACCUGCCCAUGCCUGUUGCACCAACCAAUAAGAACAAGCUACAGGAUGAGCUCAUUAUCCUCAAUGUCAGUGGCCGACGCUUCCAGACCUGGCGGAACACACUAGAUCGUUUCCCUGAUACACUCCUGGGGAGCUCAGAAAAAGAAUUCUUCUUCAAUGAGGAUUCUAGGGAGUAUUUCUUUGACCGAGAUCCUGACAUGUUUAGAAGUAUUCUCAACUUCUACCGCACAGGAAAGCUGCACUACCCACGCUAUGAGUGCAUCUCUGCCUAUGAUGAGGAGUUGGCAUUCUUUGGAAUCAUUCCUGAGAUCAUCGGUGACUGCUGCUACGAAGAGUACAAAGACCGCAAGAGAGAGAACAUAGAACGUCUUUUGGAUGACCUUGAGGACAACAAAGACAGCAAACUCCCCAACAUGACAGUCCGCGAGACGAUGUGGAGGGCCUUCGAGAACCCACAUACUAGCACCAUGGCGCUGGUUUUCUACUAUGUAACUGGCUUCUUCAUCGCCAUAUCUGUCAUCACCAAUGUGGUCGAGACAGUUCCAUGUGGUUUGACACCAAAUCAGAGAGACGUUCCUUGUGGGGAACGCUACACAGAGGCAUUUUUCUGCAUGGACACGGCAUGUGUUAUGAUCUUUACGGUGGAGUACCUGAUGCGACUGUUUGCGGCGCCCAGCAGGUACCGCUUCAUGCGUAGUGUAAUGAGCAUAAUCGAUGUUGUGGCAAUCCUACCAUAUUACAUCGGACUUGUCAUGACCAACAACGAGGACGUGAGCGGAGCCUUUGUAACACUUCGAGUGUUCCGUGUCUUCCGGAUCUUUAAAUUCUCCCGCCAUUCUCAGGGUCUUCGAAUCCUUGGCUACACAUUGAAGAGCUGUGCAUCAGAGCUUGGCUUCCUCCUCUUUUCCCUCACCAUGGCCAUCAUCAUCUUUGCCACUGUGAUGUUCUACGCUGAGAAAGGCUCCACUUCCAGCAAGUUUACCAGCAUCCCAGCCUCCUUCUGGUACACCAUUGUAACCAUGACAACACUGGGGUAUGGAGAUAUGGUCCCUAAGACCAUAGCAGGGAAGAUCUUUGGCUCCAUCUGUUCUCUCAGUGGAGUGCUGGUCAUCGCUCUGCCUGUUCCUGUAAUUGUUUCCAACUUCAGCCGCAUUUACCAUCAGAAUCAGAGAGCUGACAAGCGCCGGGCUCAGAAAGUCCAGAAAGCCCGACUGGCCCGAAUGAGAAUUUCCAAGAGUGGCAGCUCUACCGCCUUCCUGCAUAGCAAACGAAAUGGACUCAACCAAUCACUGGAGCUAACGCAGCUCCCCUAUUACAAGAUGAAACUUUCACCACAGGGCUCCAUAGAGGAGGACCAGCAAAUGAAAAAGGCUACAACUCUGCUGGAGAGUCAACACCACCAUCUUCUUCAAUGCCUAGAGAAGACAACGAAUCAUGAGUUUGUGGACGAGCGGCUAUAUGAACAGGGGUAUCUUCAGACAACACUCCAGAACUUCCCAUCGCAGAGUCCGUCUCUGUCCAGCGAGGAGGGCAUGACGGGCACCUGUUGCUCUCGAAGAGUCAAGAAAAACAUCCAGCCUCUCAAUGCCACACACUCACAUCCACACACACACAACCUGAAGGAGCUCAGCACCUUACACAUCCAUUGUAGGGAACAGCAUCAACUAAACACCAGUCGUUCCAGUCUCAAUCUGAUAUCGGAUGAAUCGGGCAGUCUGAACUGCAAGAGCAGUGGACUGGUUACCACGGCGAUCAUCAGUAUCCCCACCCCUCCCUCAAACAACUCUCGAGCCAGCCCUGAUGCUCCACCCCAUCCAAACCCUGAUUCUCCAUCUCUUCCGAACCCCGGCACUGACGUGGUGAAAAUUUCUUCACUGUAAGGGACAACAGAACUCAGGAAGAGAAACUGAUGAAUAGCCUGCCCCCUAGAGGGGAUGGAUUGCACUGACUGAAAAGACAAGAAAAUGAGAACGAUGAAUACGGAUCUGUGUGUAAAUAAAAGAAAACAGGACAACCAUAAGUAUUCGAUCACUCUCCAUCAGGACUGAUGUGACGAGGGUGUCACUGUGCAUAAAACAUUUUCCUUUCUUUUUCCUCAUAUUCUGUAUUUAGUGUCAUACGAUUAUGAGAAAGAUUGUUUUCAUCUGUGACCGUUUAUUAUUUGUCAGUUCUGACAUCACAGACAGCCUCUCAAAAAGCCUUGGCUAUCUUUAUACAGAUAAUGUUUUAUUUUGAUCUACCAUCAUUCCAAAAGGAUCAGAGAAAAAUCAGCAUUAGAGUCUAAAGGAGACCGUGUGAGUGUGGUUGUGUUUCUUAGACUAUGGCAAGUAAUUAUUUUUGGAAUAUGUAUGGAUUUGUGGGUCAGAGUUAGGUUAAACAUGAAUGUUUCUGCCCUGUGUGUGUGUGUGUGUGUGUGUGUGUAAAUUACAGAUUAUCCCUCAAACUCUCAGCCUCUCACACAGUUUGUGCCUCUCAGGGGGAGGAGAGUUUCCUUCUAAACCAUUGGCUCUCCUCGUGUCCAAAAAGUUGAGCCGACAUUGUAACGUCAUUUGUGACCAAUCAGACAUUACUAUGUAAUAUAGAACCAAAAAACAAAAGAGAAAGAAACAUAGAAGUGUUUUUAAAACUCUGUGACUACAAGCACAAGGCAUCGCUGAUAUUUUGUUAUUACAAUGUGUAACAAACCUUGGUUUAACUGUGAAUAUUGUUGAUAGAAUAUUUUGUUAUAUUUAGCCAUGGUUUGGCAAAACCAGAGCAGCUGCCUACCCAGCCCCUUUCUGUCUGUCCCACCCCUUUCCUCAGUUUACUGCUGGCCUGCUUUCCGUAAUUGUUCUGAUCUAAGUGUUAUCGUCAUUAUCGCUCAAUGGGUAUUUUUACAAAAUGUGUCUAGUUUGUGUAAACUCUAUUCUCUGUUUAGGAAACUUUUGUGUUUGUGUUUUUUCAUUAACAGUUAAUGCUUAAUUGUUGAUUUUCAGUUAUUUGUUGCUUUUAGAAGAGAAACCAACAACUGUAUGAACCAAUCAGAGCUAUUCUCUCCCUAUAAACUUUCUCCUUUUCUGUCUUUGUCCUUUCAUGUCAGCCAUGUUUAGGAGAAUGGCAUAGCUAACAAGACAGUUUGAAAGUCAUCGAAGUCAGUCGUCCUUGUUUAGUCUGCGUCAUGUUGACUGUUUCAGAAUCUUGUUUUCCAACAGUGGUGAAUCUUGAGCAGAAUUGCCAGCAAUCAAACACAAUACCCACUAAACUCCACCUUAUGUAUACUAAGCCCCAUCUUCUCUACCAUAAUCCCCACCUCAGUACUCUAAACUCCAUCAUUUGUACCCCAAACUCUUCCCUAAUACCUUAAAUCCCACCCUUCCCCUUAAACUCCCCUCACUUGUGCCUCUAACACCAGCAUAUAUAAGUGACCCCUCCCCUCAGGAUAUUGUUCUAGGGACACUGAGUUUGUGUUCAGUGCAAUGAGACUAAUGCACUAAACCUCAUAUACAUGGAACUUAAAACUUGUUUUUUGGCAAAUGACUGGUCCUGCACAGAUAGUAUAAGCCAUAUUUUCCAGAAAGCAUCAGAAAAGAAAAAUGUAAUAAUGAGAUUACAUAACAGAUAACCUUUAGUUGAACCUUACGGAUGAAGUGGAUGACCAAUUACACAAACAUGAGCGUUUUCAAGAGUUAUCAUUAUGUUCUUAAAAAUAUCAAUUUUUAUGACCGCUAGGACAAAAUUAUUACAGGGAAAAGCACAUUUCGACAUUAGGAAUUUCAGGUUAUCCAGCCCACAUUGUUGUAUUACCCGGUUUGUGAAAGCUCUAGAGUUCAAAAUUUUCAUUGAUGGCCCCGGUGUUUGUAUUACUUUUAUCUUCCUGUUGUACAAACAGCACAAAAAUCCAAGUAUGGAUCUUGACAAGUACCAUUAUAAAUUCAUUAGCUUUUUCGGUCCAUGUUUGGUCCCUUUGUGAUUUACUGUAUUGAUUUCCUUAGGUGUACAUAAUAGAUAAUAUUGUAAUAUGGAAAUAUUGUUACAUCAAACUAAUCAGAAGGGAAAGUGUGGCCAAUAGAGUCUAAAUUUUAAGAUAACUGUAAAACAGUUAAAGGAUGGGCAAGGAGGAGGCGAGAACCGGCUUGUCAACAUAAAUAAUAAUUUAAUAAGAAACUUAAAACACAACAUAAACAAACACACAUGCGGACAUGCCCGUAAUUCUCUCUCUCUCGAACAAUCGUCACCAGCCGCCUUUUCCCUCGCGCGCCUCAUCAGGCCGAUUGGGGACCGGGCGCGCGAUAUUCCGACCCGGCCCCGCCCCCCUCCGCUCCACAAUAACAAAUGUUAAGUAUUGAGUCACAUGCUCUUCACAUUUGAGAAAGUAGUGAUCUGUUGAAGUCACUUCCCUUUGCUUUGUCUUUACAUCUAGCCCAGCAGGGGACAAUACAGAACCAUAAAUGUAAUAGAAGUGAAACCUUUCAUUUGUGCAGUCCCAUCUUAUGACAGAAUUGGUUGUUUUGAGUGUAAGUGGAAUUCUGUACCUGUGCAUCUACAUACCCGUCAAGGGUCUUCUUUCUUCCUCUGUGUGUCUGUGCUUGUUUAACUCUUUUAAUCUCUACGCUUACGUUUUUUUUUUUUUACUGUUGUUGCGAUAGUCAUGUUGUUCUUUUCAGCAGAUUCCUGUUCACUGUCAGAUGUUGAAUAUUAUUUAUGAUUUUGUUGUGUCACAGUUGUGAAACGCCUGAUAAAUGAAAUGUA